AUGGAUCCCAAAGAAACCACUGGGAAAGAAAACAUGGGCAGCAAGAAAAAGAACCUGACCUUCCUGAGGCCCAGGCUCUAUAUGCUGGAGAGAAGGAAGACAGACACAGUGGUUGACAGCAGUAUUUCUGGGGACCACUCUGGUACUUUGAGGAGGAGUCAGUCUGACAGGACCGAAUACAACCAGAAACUACAAGAAAAGAUGACUCCACAGGCUGAGUGUUCUGCACCCGAGACCCUAGCUCAGGAAGAAGAGCAUCAGAUGCAGAGAAUGAUGGCAAAGCGUUCGAAAAUCAUCAAGGAGCUGAUUCAGACGGAAAAAGACUACCUCAAUGAUCUAGAGCUGUGCAUUAGGGAAGUGGUUCAGCCCUUGAGAAAUAAACAGAUUGAUCGGCUGGACGUGGAUAGCUUGUUUAGCAACAUUGAAUCCGUGCAUCAGAUAUCAGCCAAGCUGCUGUCAUUGUUGGAAGAGGCCACAACAGACGUGGAACCGGCCAUGCAAGUAAUCGGAGAAGUAUUCUUGCAGAUUAAAGGGCCCCUGGAAGAUAUUUAUAAAAUCUACUGCUACCACCAUGAUGAGGCGCACAGUGUACUGGAAUCCUAUGAAAAGGAAGAAGAGCUGAAGCAACAUUUGAGCCACUGUAUCCAGUCCUUAAAGAAAAUAUACAUGCAAGAAGGCAAGCCAAACUUACUGGACAUGGGCUCUUUGAUGAUCAAACCAAUCCAGCGUGUAAUGAAAUACCCACUACUGCUCUGUGAACUCCAGGGCUCCACCCCUCCCUCUCACCCAGACUUCAGGGCGCUCGGGGAUGCCUUCACUGCAGUGAAAGACAUUAAUGUGAACAUCAAUGAACUUAAAAGACGGAAAGAUUUAGUUCUAAAAUACAAGAAGAAUGAUGAGGAUGAAUCACUUAAAGACAAAUUGUCUAAACUAAAUAUUCAUUCAAUUAGUAAGAAAUCAAAAAGAGUGACAAAUCAUCUAAAGAUUCUGACCAGAGGAGAAUCGCAGGUAAAAGACAAUACCUUUAAUAGGGAAGAAAAGCUAUUUAGAUCUUUAGAAAAGACGGUGAGGCAUUGUGUGAAGAACAUUUCGCUCUGUCUUCAACACGUACAGGAUGCCAUGCCCUUAGCGCUGCAGAGUGUAAUGGAGCUCCAGGACAUCUCUUGCAACAGAGAUAAGGAGGAGAGGAGCCAUUCAGAGACCCCGAGUAACGCCCCACAACCCUGUGGUGACUUUGCAGCCCAUUUACAGAGGCUUGUCCUAAUGCCUCUGUCAGCCCUGCUGUCCUUGUUCCCUGGGCCUCAGAAGCUCAUCCAAAAGCGCUAUGACAAAUUGCUGGACUGCAACAGCAACCUACGACGGGCAGCAGGAGAUGAGUCAGACUUGGCCAAAAAGGAGUAUGAGGCCCUCAAUGCCCAGCUUGUGGAGGAGCUCCAGGUGUUCAACCAGGCUGCCCGGAAGAUUCUGUGGAACUGUCUGUGUAGCUUCGUCACUCUCCUUGGGGACCUGACACUUGUGGCUCAGCAGGUUUAUUCCACGGUGGCACCGGUACCACUGCUGGCCUCGAGCAUCUCUGAAAUUCAGAAUCGAGUACUAGAAGAGGUUCAAAAUCUUAAUUUUGUAAAGGACAACAGUGCCACCUUUAUUGAGAGGAAACUUAGUUUUGAAAAGAAGAAGCCUGUGCAAAUUCUGCCUGAAGUGCCACGUCAAACCGAUGUUCACCGCUCCAAACUUCUGUCCACGUACAGUAAAGAAGAACUCUACCAGGCAAAGCGGAAGUGCAAUGCUACACAAGAAUAUGACAUCAAUCUUCUAGGAGGGGAAUUGGUGGCUGUGAUGGAACAGAAAGAUCCACUGGGGAGUACCAGCAGGUGGCUCGUUGACACAGGAAUUAUAAAAGGAUAUGUGUAUUCCUCCUUCUUAAAACCCUACAAUCCUGCAAAAGUGCAGAAGGUGGAUGCUGAGAACAGGUUCUGUGAUGACGAUUUUGAUAACAUCAGCCUCUUUGUGUCCUCACGGCCAGCUAGUGACAGUGUCACAGGCACCCCAGAAAGUAGCGUAAGUGAUAGCAGCUCAUCUCUUAGUGGCACAUAUGGAAAGUUUGAAACAAACGGCACUGACGCUGACAGUUCUCAAGAGGUAGAUGAACAGAUUUUCUAUGCAGUUCAUGCUUUUCAAGCACGAAGUGACCAUGAACUCAGCCUUCAGGAGUACCAAAGAGUCCACAUACUUAGAUUUUGUGACCUAAGUGGCAAUAAAGAGUGGUGGUUGGCUGAAGUUCAAGGGCAGAAAGGAUAUGUGCCAGCUAACUACCUUGGGAAGAUGACUUAUGCUUAAGAAAAGAAGCCCUUGACGUCUGUUUUCUGGCAGGUUAUUGAUGGGCUACCUCAUAAAACUUACAAAAUGUUGGUCUAGAAAUCAAGAAACCUCCAUACUACAUGAACUGAUACUGUAUCAAGUUUUAAGGAAGACUGCUUCCUAACAAGAUUAUUUCAAAAUGUAUUUUGAAGAAUAAAUGUUGAGGGAAACAAACAGAAACAGCAAAACAAACAGCUAAAGCUCCAACUACCAACUACUUAAAAAUGGAGAUCUUUGAAAAGAUAAAUGUAUCCUUUAUCAGCAUGAAAGGCUGGAUCUAAGGAUAAGAUUUUUUUCAAUGUAUUGUAUUAUGUAUUUUGCCUCAAAUGUUUUUCUCUCAUUCUCUUUUGUGUGUGUGUGCACAUAUACACUCACACACAUGUAAUUAUAUUCAUUAUAUGGUUAUGUAUACUAUGUGAUAUAGAUUAUACACUGUUAUGCAUAAACCAGGGAAUAUACUAAAUAUACAUAAUAGGAAUUAACAGCCAGCUAGAAAUCUUUGUUGUGGAACAUCUCUUUACUGUAAGUUUUAAAUGAAAAAAACCCUGAAUGACCUUAUAAUUAUCUAACAUUUACUGAAUGCAUACUACAUGACAAAAACUGUUCUAUAUGUUUCUUAUGUGGUAACUUAUUUUUUAUUAUUUUUUUUAACCUUUAUUGAUUUUUGAGACAGAGAGAGCAUGAACGGGGGAGGUUC